AUGAAACAUGAACCUCUCAGUUCCAUUAGAUUCAAGGACGGCUUCACGUCUUCCACUUAUUUGCCUGAUCACAUUUUAACCUCCUCCAUCACCGGUUCAGUUUGCAAAUGGAAUCUCGAAAGCGGCAAUCCUAUUGCCACAUUCGACACAAAACCUGGGAUUAAAUAUUGCAUUCCGUAUUCUAUAGAUUAUUCCACGUACAAUAGCCUAAUUCUUCAAGAACAAGACGCCAUCUCACUUUUUGACUUGAACGACAAUGUGGUCUAUGACGUGGCUAAGAUCAGUCCUGGCUCCUUCGCCAGGGUCAGCUUGUUGCCUCGUGGAUCCUCAGACCUUCCCCUUGUCAUUUCUCCUUUCGGCUUGAACUUUGUGAAGAUCUUCGACUUAAGGCUUCACCAAGGCUCUCUUUCUUCCAGUGCAAUCGCAGAGAUUCCCCCCUUUAGGAUUGAACAUCCUCUGAAGUCUGAAGUUGGCAUGUUGCACUCUUGUUCGCCCUUUCCCUCGCUUGGUGAGUUCUGUAUUGUUACUACCUACGAGUCCGGCUCAAUUGCUUUGUACGAUAUUCGGAAGCCAACUUCUCCCGUCAUCCCCGUUUACAUUAUGGACUCCUUGGAGCCCAUUCCUGCUUUAUCUGUUUGGGAGAAUGUUCUCUUGAUUGGCGACACGGUUGGUAACAUUUGGAUGUUUUACGCUUCUCAGGACAAGGGGGUUGUUUUUCUCAAAAGGUCCAACGUUGCCAGGGAUUCCAUCAAACCUCCUGGCAUAGCCUGCCUCGGCAUCAGUUGUGAUGGCUCAGUUUUGGCUGCUGGGUGCUGGGAUCGUUGCGUUCGUGUUUUAGAAACUAAAACUUUGGAGCUGAAGUUUAUUCUUGAUCACCACUGUUCCUCCAUUGUCGACGUUUCUUUUUCCCGCGACUCGAAUGCCUUUUGCACUUGUUCUUCUGAUGGAAAUGCUAAUGUCUGGGAUCUGUUUUCCCAUUUAACUUAA